UUAAUAAUUCUCGUCAUUUUCAGCCCGUUAUUGAGAAUCUUACUUUUUAACGAUCUUUGUUGCGGAGUGAAAGGGGCGGAGUCAAGCGGGCGCAUAAUCAAGAUGGCCACCUUCACUGAAAGGAUGGCUCCAGUUCUGGCGUUUUGGCUGGUUCUGUGCCUCAGUGGGACAUGGGCUGUGGACAGGGGCAACUUCAAGACCUGUGACCAGAGUGCCUUCUGCAAGCGUCAGCGAGCAUUGAAGCCCGGAGAGUCUCCUUAUCGAGCCCUGCUGGAGACCAUGGAGCUGACCAACACCAGACUCACCCUGCAGCUCAUCAAUGACAACAACAAGGUGCGUCUGCUGCUGGAGCUUUACCGUCUUCAGGGAAACAUAACAAGGGUGAAGAUUAACGAACUGAAGCCUCUAAAGCCUCGGUAUGAGGUCCCAGAUGUGCUCAUCAGGGAGCCACCUACUGAGCCCUUAUCUCUCUUGUCUCAAGACGACAAUGGAGUGGUGCUGUCGCUCGGGGCGGAGUCUCAGAGGGUCAUUGUCAGCGCUCGUCCCUUCCGAUUGGACAUCAUGGAGGGGCGUGACGUGCUGAUGUCACUGAAUUCUCGUGGCCUGCUGGCCUUUGAGCACCUGAGGAUGCGCAAGGACACUUUCUCCUAUAAAGUAACUAGCACAGUGGCUAGCGUGUGGGAUAAUAUCAAGAGGGUUUUCUCUAGUCAGGCAGACCCAGAGGCUGAAAAGAAAGAGGAGGGUGAUCCUGAGAACCAGGCUGAGACAGGAAAAGAAGAGGAAGAGAAAGUAGAAGAUGGCAUGUGGGAGGAGACAUUUAAAUCACACUCAGACAGCAAACCUCAUGGUCCAUCUGCCAUUAGUUUAGACUUUUCAUUACCGGGGGUGGAGCACGUUUACGGCAUCCCAGAACAUGCAGAUACCCUCAGACUUAAAACAACAGAUAAUGGGGAUCCAUAUCGGCUCUAUAACCUGGAUGUGUUCCAGUAUGAACUUUAUAACCCAAUGGCUCUUUAUGGUGCAGUCCCAGUUAUGUUAGCUCACAAUGCCAAGAGAACCACUGGUAUCUUCUGGCUUAAUGCUGCUGAGACUUGGGUGGAUAUUAGCUCCAACACAGCAGGAAAGACUGUUUUUGGGAAGAUGUUGGAUUAUGUGCAGGGCUCCAGCGAGACGCCACAGACAGAUGUGCGUUGGAUCUCUGAAAGCGGGAUCAUUGAUGUCUUCAUAAUGCUUGGACCAACACCCAAAGAUGUCUUCUCUCAGUAUGCCUCACUUACAGGCACACAGGCCUUUCCUCCUUUGGCUGCUCUGGCUUAUCACCAGUGUCGCUGGAACUACAACGACCAAGAAGACGUGCAGUCAGUGGAUGCUGGCUUUGACGAGCAUGAUAUCCCCUAUGACUUUAUCUGGCUUGAUAUCGAGCACACAGACGGGAAGCGCUACUUCACCUGGGAUCCACACAAGUUUGCAACGCCAAAAGAAAUGCUGCAGGGUAUCAUGGACAAGAAACGCAAGAUGGUGGCCAUUGUGGACCCUCAUAUCAAAGUGGAUAGCAACUACAAGAUCCAUAAUGAAAUCCGCUCACGAGGCUUCUAUAUCAAGAACAAAGAUGGGGGAGACUAUGAGGGCUGGUGCUGGCCAGGCAGUGCUGGUUAUCCAGACUUCACCCGUCCAGACAUGAGGGCCUGGUGGGCGAGUAUGUUUGCCUAUGAUCAGUAUGAGGGCUCCAUGGAGAACUUGUACACGUGGAAUGACAUGAAUGAGCCAUCGGUAUUUAAUGGGCCAGAGGUCACCAUGCACAAAGAUGCAACGCAUGGAGCAUGGGAGCACCGUGACGUCCAUAACCUCUAUGGGCUCUAUGUGCAAAUGGCCACAGCGGACGGUCAGAUCCAGAGGUCAGGAGGAGUUGAACGACCAUUUGUCCUGACCAGGGCUUUCUUCGCUGGGUCACAGCGCUACGGUGCUGUGUGGACAGGUGAUAAUGCUGCUGAGUGGGACCACCUUAAGAUCUCCAUCCCCAUGUGUCUGAGUCUGGGUCUGGUUGGAAUCUCGUUCUGUGGUGCUGAUGUGGGAGGAUUCUUCAAGUCUCCAAGCACUGAGCUGCUGGUCCGUUGGUAUCAGACGGGUGCAUACCAGCCGUUCUUCCGUGCACAUGCUCACCUGGACACGCCCCGCCGUGAGCCCUGGCUGUUUGGCCCUGAAAACACAGCGCUGAUUCGUGAUGCAGUGCGCCAGCGCUACACCCUGCUGCCCUACUGGUACCAGCAGUUUUACCUGGCAUACCACACUGGACAACCUGUUAUGAGACCUCUGUGGGUGGAAUAUCCUCAGGAUCCGGCUACUUUUGCUUUGGACGAUGAGUUCCUUAUCGGAAGAGACUUGUUGGUGCAUCCAGUCACAGAGGAAGGAGCCAGGGGAGUUACUGCCUACCUACCAGGCAAAGACGAGGUCUGGUUCGAUGUCAACACCUUCCAGAAACACAACGGAGCCCAGAACCUGUACAUCCCUGUCACCAUGAGCUCUAUUCCUGUUUUCCAACGUGGAGGAUCCAUUAUUCCCAGGAAGCUUAGAGUCCGCCGGUCCUCCUCCUGCAUGGAACAUGAUCCCUACACUUUGUAUGUGGCUCUGAAUCCACAGCGAACUGCAGAAGGAGAAAUCUACAUCGAUGACGGCCACACCUUCAACUAUGAAAAGCAGGAGUUCAUCCACAGGAGGCUGAUGUUUGCCAACAACGUCCUCUCCUCUGUUAACCUUAAUCCAGAAGCCCGGUUUACUACUCGCUCCUGGAUCGAACGUGUCGUCAUACUGGGCGCAAGUAAACCCAGCAAGGUUACACUUAAGACUGCUGAUGGUCAGGAGAGCACCGUAGACUUCGACUUUGACGCCUCCAUGUCUGUGUUGACGCUGCGUAAGCCCGGUAUGAACGCUGGGGAAGACUGGACUGUGAAGCUUCAGUAACCGUGGAGACGGGAACAGCGGAGUAGUAGAAGAGAAUGGCGAACUGAACUGAAGGAGGGAGAGAAAGAGGAAACAGACACAAGAUGCCAAUACUAAGACUAAUGAAAAUGAGACAACAGGAUAUCCAACAUAAAGGACAUUAACACAAGACACAUUCACACACAAACCCAUGUAGACCAGUUAGUCCAACUGAACUAUGUAAUGUCUCUGCCAUGUCCGUCUUGUGUUCAGUCACACUGUAAUACCUAACACAAAGGGUGACUACUAGAUAGAUUUGUUUUUAAUAUAGAUAACAAACGAGCAGUUCAAAUUGUGUCAUUGUAAUGAGUCAUUGGAGGAAAAAAUGCAUUAAGGCACUCUUUUUUUUUUUUUUUCGUCCACUUUGUCCAUCCACUGUGGGAGAUUGUCUGGCAUUUGGAAAAAUGAAGGCUCAUGUUCAACCCAGGUGCUCCCCCUGCUGGUGGUUCCCUGUAUCUGUUUCUGACUAGAGACUUUAAUAUCAUUCCAUCCCGCUUUAAGGCGAAACACUUAAAACCAUUUCUUGCCACAUUUCAUUCACAUUCAGAGAGCGCUUUUCAAUUCUGUAACUCGUCACUGCUCUUUUCUCCCAUGUUUCUUAAAUUUUUACACAAAAUGUAGAGAAAUAAUCACUUCUAGCCAAAUCAUUCUUGUUCAGCCUCUCCCUAAAUGAGUGAAUUUGUGUGUAUGGAAAUGGAGAUGUUUCUUUUUCUGAGCUGUUUAACUGUAGCACCGAGGCACCAGGGGUCAUUCAGGGGCUUGAACCACUGAUGAAUGCGCCAAUCAUCCUGUUGACGUGCUUUAUCUGUUUUAUCAAUUUUUGUUCCAACAUUGUUUACUAGAUUAUUUUAAUGCACUUGAGGAAAAAUAAAAAAAAUACUGUUGCUUAGAUUUUCAUGUGUUCGUAGAUAUUAAGAGAGUCCAGGGUUUCCAGUUCAACAUUUGUAAUAUUUUUGCCCAGUCAUAGACUUCAUCAGUCAUCCACAGAUAUCCAUUGGUUAUUUUAAAUAUCCAAAUAAUCCACCGAAGAGUCUGGAUUAUGUCCUGUCAAGACAAAACAUCAGGCAUUUUGUUGUUUUGAGUUUGUCUCUUGAUUGUUUUUAUGAUCAUAAAUGUACAUGUUGCUGCAAUUUUGUUGGAAAUGGCUUGAGCUGAUGGAAGUGGAAGAACAGAUUUGAAGUUGUCAAAUGUACUCUAAAAGAUGAGACCAAGUGAAAAUAAAGUUGACCAAAUCUACUGAAA